AGCUUUGCCCUUGAGGAACAGUAUGCAGAAUUGGGAGGACCACAUAGGAAGGGAUAUAUAAACUAUGGUUCAAAGUCGUGUAGCAUGCCAACACUGAGUAUAUAAAGCAGAUAGAGGCAACUUCCAGUUCCAUAGCAGGCUUUUCGAGAGAAGAAGAUAGAGAUGAGGCGAUCCGAGAGCUUUAGCCAUCUGAAACCAUGGAAGCUCAGCCAGGCUGCCCUCUUCGGAUGCCUUCUGAUCAUGACAGUGAUCCUUGUUUGUCUCAUCAAAUCUGGUUCUAACACCAUCGUUACAUUGAAUUUGCAGCUAUCCAGCUAUUCGAAUAUGGCUUUGCCCAUGGAGGAGGAACUGAAGACUGGAGGACAAGGUGGAUUACCAAGUACACCUGCUUCAUUUGAGGAAGCACAGCUAAGCGAUGAGUCACUUCAAGGAGGUAAAGAAGCAGCAAUACUUCCACAUGCACUGAAGGAAAAGCAAGAUAAGAAAGAAGCACAUGAAGAUGCAGCAACAAGCUUAACCUCGACAACAAUGGAAGAUAAGGAGUUGGAUGAACCGGCUACAGGUGGCAAUCAAACAGUGACACUGCAACUUCAGCAUGAAGACAAGCAUGGUGGUGGUGACUCAAAUAAAGAUUGGACAGUGAUAAAAUUGCCUCCUGUUCCGAAGGAAAAGCAGAGAGAAGAAGAGACAACAGCUGGUUUGUGCUCUGUGAUGGCUGGCAAUAUUAAGAGAAUUACCAAGAGAUUGAUCAAGGAGAGCAGAGUGGUGUGUGAUUUCACGGCACCAAGAUCAGAUAUCUGCUCGAUGGAUGGCGAUGUUAGAGUUCUUGGCAGAUCAUCCAUCAUCAUGUUGGCUUCGCCACCUACGGAUCGAUCUCCGACAGAGAACACGACAUGGAAGAUCAGACCGUAUCCGAGGAAGUGGGAAUCGACCAUGGAGCUUAUCAAGGAGCUCACCGUGACAGUAGCAGCUGAGCCUGAGAAGGCCCCUCGCUGCAUGAUAAACCACGGCGUCCCCGCCGUGUUCUUCUCCACCGGUGGGUUCGUCGGCAACUACUUCCACGACUUCACCGAUGUGAUCAUCCCCCUCUUCAUGAUGGCUCGCCGAUUCAACGGAGAGGUUCAGCUCGUCGUCACCGACUUCAACUACCAGUUCAUGGCUAAGUAUCAGCAGAUCCUGAGGCACCUCUCCCACUACCCGGCCAUCAACUUGGACGCAGACGAUCGAGUUCAUUGCUUCCCCCAUGCACACGUGGGUCUUCACAGCCACAGAGCGCUGGGCAUCGAUGCCUCGAAAUCUCCAAAUGGGAUAUCCAUGAGCGACUUCAGAGACUUCCUGAGGAAGUGCUUCUCGCUCAAGAGAAAGUACAGCGAGGGGAUCGAUCUGCAGUCGAGGAGGAAACCAAGGUUGCUGCUAAUUCUUCGGAGAGGAUCGCGGUCCUUCGUCAACGAAAGGCAGGUGAUGAGGAUGGUGAAAGGGCUCGGGUUCAAGCUGAUCACGGCCGGGCCUGAGGAGACGAAGAACAUCUCCCGCUUCGCGCAGAUGGUGAACUCGGUGGAUGUGUUGAUGGGGAUCCACGGGGCUGGGCUCACGAACAUGGUCUUCCUUCCUUCGAAUGCGACACUGGUUCAGAUCAUUCCUUGCUGUGAUCUGGCGAAAGGGUGCAGAUACAUCUUCGCAGAGCCAGCUCCGGACAUGGGAAUAAGAUACGUGGAGUACGAGAUAAGAGUGGAGGAGAGCUCCCUGAUAGAGAAGUACCCCAGGGAUGAUGUUUUGUUCAGGGACCCCCUUUCGAUUCAGAAGCAACUAGGAUUCAAUGCAUUCUGGAACAUAUUUCUGAACCAGCAAAAGGGAUUGCAGCAACCAGGAAGAAAGCGAAGUUUGUGGAGGUCUUCGUUGGAGAUGCAGGUGAGGCCUCGAUCCAUCAGGAUGGAGAUGAUGGACAUGGAAAUGAAGAUUCUCGAUGGCUUUCUUCUCUUCUUCGUCGUCGUUUGGUUUUGGAAUGUAGCGGGGAGGAGGUUUCGGUUCUUUUGGUCGCGUGUGCUGUGAUCUGCUGACCUGAGUUGGAAUGUUGCAUGACCUUUUGCAAGGGUUAAUCUUUGAUUGGCAGCUUUUAUUCUUUUCCUAUUUAGAUCUCUUUUUAUCAAAAA